AUGAAGGGGAAGAGAAAGGUUCAGGAAGAGACUGAGAUACCCAGUUCUCCUUCUGCGUCAGAAGAUGAGGAACUACUGGCAAGCCUGUGCAUGUCUCAUCACUUUGUUGAUGAGAAAUCUGAACAAAGGUUCAAUGAUAUGAAGAAUCUCAACACGAUUAUGGAGAGAAAUGUGAAUGUCAGCAAUCUCAAGGAGCAAGGGAUAUGGGACAUCCUGGAGCGUCUAAAUUUAGAGGAAACAGUCACCUAUGCAUGUCCACACAGCAAAAUUCUGAUCAAAGAAUUUUAUGCAAACAUCACUAAGAAGAUUGUGAAGGCUGGAGAUCCAAUGUACCAUCGGGUGUACAUAAGAGGGAAGAUACUGCAUUUUUCUCCAGCAGUAAUUAACAAAUUUUUGGGCUUGAAGAACACAAUUGUGACCACCAUGGACGAGCUGGACAGGGAGAUUGACCAGAAAGAGCUGGAGAUAGCUCUCACUGACACUUUUGAUGAAAAGAGGAAAGGAGAAAUAGCCCCAGUAGAGCUGAACUUCGAGGCUUCAGUACUGUUCAAAAUAGCUAGAGCUAACUGGUUACCAACCCAGCGAUCAAGUCUGAUUCACAAGAGGCUAGCAGUACUCAUCUACUGUGUGAAGAAAGGGAUCAAGAUCAACUAUGGAAACAUGAUCUUCGAUCAUAUUCUGGAAAGAGCACUGAACUUCAGAGCAAGGUUCAGAUUACCUUAUCCCUGCUUAAUUCAAAACAUCCUCACUAAGCAGUGCCCGGAACUCAUUGAUCCAAAGGAAAACACUGAAGUGAUUCAAAAACCCCUGGUGGUUGAGACAAGAAUCAAAAGGAAGAAGGGUAAAGGAAAGAAGGACUACAAGAAGAUGUUGGAGACUCUCAAGGAUGCAGAAAAAACAUUGAUAAAGAUGGAGCUCGGACUAAGGAAGCAGGCAACACAAUGGGGAGAAAUUGAGGAAUCCGAAGGAGACCUAGAUUCAGAAGAAGAAGACUCAAAGGAGGAGGAAGAAGGAGAUGAUUCUAAGAUGCCUAAACCGACUCCUAAGAAAGCGGAGGCAUCGAAGAAGUAA